GUAAAAAUAAUUAGAAAGGAUACAAUGUCAGAAUUAUUACAAAUUAAUUCUUCAAAUUUAUUGAAAACUAAUGAUUAUAUAGAAGCAGAUUAUUGUUAUCAAACUUCACAAGUACAUCGGCUUUCAAAUGGAAAAUUAAAGGUUGAGCCAAACAAUAUUAAUCUUAAAAUUCGUACUAAUACAAAACUUCCCAAAUUGGGAGUUAUGUUAGUUGGAUGGGGCGGUAAUAAUGGAUCUACUCUAACAGCUGCUUUAGAAGCAAAUCGUAGAAAAUUGGAAUGGUCAACUAGAACUGGUGUUCAAAAAUCUAAUUGGUAUGGAUCCAUAACACAAUCAUCAACUGUAUUUUUAGGAAGUGAUGAAAAUGGUAAAGAUGUUUAUAUUCCCAUGAAUCAACUAGUUCCUAUGAUAUCUCCAGAUAAUAUAAUUAUCGAUGGCUGGGAUAUAAGUUCUUUAAAUAUUGCUGAAGCAAUGAAACGUGCUCAAGUUUUAGAUAUUAAUUUACAAGAUCAAGUUUAUAAAGAUUUGGAAAAAUUUCAACCACGUCCAUCUAUAUACGAUCCAGAUUUUAUUGCUGCAAAUCAAUCUGAUCGUGCAGACAAUAUAAUUGGUGGAACAAAAUUUGAGCAAUUUGAAAAAAUUCGAUCUGAUAUUAGAGAUUUUAAAAAUUCAAGUGGUGUUGAUAAAGUAAUUAUAUUAUGGACAGCAAAUACUGAAAGAUUUUGUGAUAUAAGAAAUGGGUUAAAUACAACAUCUGAAGAAUUAUUUAAAUCUUUAAAAAGUAAUGAUCCAGAAAUUUCUCCUUCGACCAUGUUUGCAAUGGCUGCAAUUGCCGAAAAGUGUACCUACAUAAAUGGUUCACCUCAAAAUACUUUUGUUCCCGGAGUCAUUGAAUACGCUGAAAAAUCUGGAGUUCAUAUUGCUGGUGAUGAUUUCAAAUCAGGUCAAACUAAAUUAAAAUCAGUUCUAGUUGAUUUCCUUGUUGGAGCAGGCAUUAAACCAGUAUCGAUUGUUAGUUAUAAUCAUUUGGGUAAUAAUGAUGGAAAAAAUUUAUCAGCACCACAAACUUUUAGAUCAAAAGAAAUCUCUAAAAGUAAUGUUGUUGAUGAUAUGGUCAAAUCAAAUAAUAUUCUUUAUAAUAAAAAUGAGCAUCCAGAUCAUGUUGUUGUUAUUAAAUAUGUUCCUUAUGUUGGUGAUAGCAAACGUGCUAUGGAUGAAUAUACAAGUCAAAUUAUGAUGGGUGGACAUAAUACAUUAGUUAUUCAUAAUACAUGUGAAGAUUCGCUUUUAGCGGUUCCCUUAAUUCUUGAUUUAUUAAUAUUGGGUGAACUUUGUUCAAGAAUUUCAAUUAAACGUAAACCAAAUAAUUAUAAUCAUGAUAUUAUCAAAGAUGAAAAUGAAGAAUGGAAAUCAUUUGAAUCAGUAUUGUCAUUAUUAAGUUAUAUGUGUAAAGCACCUUUAGUUCCAAAUGGUGCUCAAAUUGUAAAUUCAUUAUUUCGCCAGCGAGCUGCAAUUGAAAAUAUUUUAAGAGCAUGUAUUGGUUUACCACCAAAUUCACAUAUGCAACUAGAACAAAGGUUUCCAUCCGGAAUAUUUAUUGAUAAUUAUGAUCAUGAUGAUGAUGAAAAAGAGCAACCACCUAAGAAGAGGCAGAAGCAUGUUAAUGGUUGUAGUAAUGGUGCUAAAAAUGAUGAUAUUCUUAAUUAAUUUAAUCAAUUAAUAUAAAUAGCUGUGAGAUCAUUAUGUAGAAAGAAAUAAAAUGGAAUUUGCAUUUCAAAAGGCACAAAAUCUUGCUUUCAAAUCUUAAGUCUUAAAAUUGCAUUUAUAUAUAGAGAGGAUAUUAAAUAAUUUUGGCUGCUAAUAAAAAUUAUAGAUAAUCAUUAAAUUAAAAAAAAAAUAGAGCCCAUAUUUGCAUUUUCCAUUUUUAAAUCUUAUCCCAUCGGCUUUAUACAAGAAUUUAAAAUCCCUAUUAAUGUUAUAUACAUUUAUGAUCAGAUAAAAACUGAAUAUUAAACAUAUGUAAAUAAUUAUAUAUGUAUUUCUAUCUAUAUGUUUAUUAAAUUUUUAAAUGUUUUGAACAAAUUUUAUGAAAUAUA